AUGAAGAGAAGAUGUGAAGGGGAGUUUAGCAGCCCCCAGAAGAAGCAGAAGAAAAGAGCCGCUGAGCUGGGCUUGACCCUCAGUUCUACAUCUGAUGAGGAAGCCCCUCCUUUUGGCAAUCAUGGCCCACAAGAGUCUUCCACAAGUCUAAGUGGAUCUGACAGUGAGACUGAGGAGAAAAGACCUGUGUCUAGCUCCUUCAGCAAUGACUUCAAAGCUGACUCCCUUGUGGAGGGUACUUCCUCCCGUUAUUCCAUGUACAACAGUGUUUCCCAAAAGAUGAUGGCAAAGAUGGGCUUCCGAGAAGGUGAAGGUCUGGGCAAACACAAUCAGGGUCGAAAAGACAUUGUUGAAGCCUCUAAUCAGAAAGGCCGAAGAGGCUUAGGGCUGACAGUAAAGGGUUUUGCCCAAGAACUCAAUGUGGACUGGAGAGAUGAGCCAGAGCCAAGUAUCUGUGAACAGGUGUCAUGGUUCCCAGAAUGCACCACUGAAAUUCCUGAUACCCAGGAGAUGUGUGAGUGGAUGACUGUGGGAAAGAGGAAGAUGAUAAUUGAAGAUGAAACUGAGUUUUGUGGGGAAGAACUUCUACACAAUGUCCUGAAGUGCAAGACUGUGUUUGAUGACUUGGAUAGAGAGGAGAUGCGUCGAGCCCGGACCAGGUCCAAUCCCUAUGAAAUGAUCCGGGGAGUCUUCUUCCUAAACAGAGCAGCAAUGAAAAUGGCCAAUAUUGACUUUGUAUUUGAUCGUAUGUUUACGAAUCCAAAAGACUCUUCAGGGAACUCCCUGUUGAAGGACCGGAGUCCAGAGCUUCUGUACUUUGCUGAUGUGUGUGCAGGCCCUGGAGGCUUCUCUGAAUAUGUGCUUUGGAGGAAAAAGUGGCACGCAAAGGGCUUUGGAAUGACCUUGAAAGGGCCCAAUGACUUCAAACUGGAGGAUUUCUAUGCGGCUUCCAGUGAACUCUUCGAACCCUACUAUGGUGAAGGUGGAAUUGAUGGAGAUGGAGAUAUUACGCGACCAGAGAACAUCACAGCUUUUCGAAAUUUUGUUUUGGAUAACACGGAUCACAAGGGUGUACACUUUUUGAUGGCUGAUGGGGGCUUCUCUGUAGAGAAGCAAGAAAAUCUGCAGGAAAUCCUCAGUAAACAGCUAUUGCUAUGCCAGUUUCUUACAGGGCUGUCUGUUAUCCGCACAGGAGGCCACUUUGUCUGUAAAACCUUUGAUUUGUUCACACCAUUCAGUGUGGGACUCAUAUAUCUGCUGUACACCUGCUUUGAACGUGUGUCUCUUUUUAAACCUGUCACCAGCCGACCUGCCAACUCAGAGAGGUAUGUGGUGUGUAAGAGCUUGAAGUCUGGGAUUGAUGACGUGCGGGAAUACCUCUUCAAGGUAAACAACAGGCUCAAUCAGCUUCGGAAGAGUGAACUGGAUGUCAACUUUGUUGUUCCCCUGGAUGUGAUCAAGGGAGACCCUGAAUUCACUGACUACAUGAUCCGAUCCAAUGAGAGCCACUGCAGCUCACAGAUCAAAGCCCUGGCCAAAAUUUAUGCCUUUGUCCAAGACUCGACUCUUAGUGAACCACGCCAGGCAGAAAUCCGAAAAGGCUGCCUUCAACUUUGGGGGAUUCCAGAUCAAGCCAGAGUUGCUCUCUCUUCUUCAGAUCCAAAGUCUAAAUUUUUUGAAUUAAUAAAGGGCACCGAUAUUGAUAUCUUUAGCUAUAAGUCUACUCCACUCAACAACAAAACCCUGGAUAAGAUUCGCUGUGUUCUGGACUACCGCUGCAUGGUGUCAGGGAGUGAGCCGAAGUUUCUCAUUGGCUUAGGGAAAUCCCAGAUCUACACGUGGGAUGGCCGCCAGUCAGACCGUUGGACAAAACUGGACCUCAAGACAGAGCUGCCCCGGGACACACUGCUCUCAGUGGAAAUUGUUCAUGAACUGAAAGGCGAGGGCAAGGCUCAGAGGAAGGUCAGCGCAAUCCACAUCCUUGAUGCACUGGUGCUGAAUGGCCAUGAUAUUCGGGAGCAGCAUUUUAACCAACGGAUUCAGCUUGCUGAGAAGUUUGUAAAAGCUGUUUCUAAACCCAGUAGGCCUGACAUGAACCCCAUCAGGGUAAAGGAGGUGUACAGACUAGAAGACAUGGAGAAAAUUUUUGUCAGGUUAGAAAUGAAAGUCAUCAAGGGAUCACAUAAUAUGCUGCGACUAUGCUACACCGGACGGGAUGAUAGACAUUUUGUGCCCACUGGCCUUUACAUUGUCAGGACUACGAAUGAACCCUGGACCAUGGCAUUCAGCAAAAGCUGUAAGAGGAAGUUUUUCUUCAACAAGACAACAGGAUUUUCUACCUAUAAAAUGCCUCUGGAUGCCAUCGCUCCAUUUCACAUCUGCUACUAUGGACGCCUCUUCUGGAAGUGGGGCGAUGGUGUCCGAGUACAUGACUCUCAGAAGUGCCAGAAUCCUGAGGAAUUGUCUAAGGAUGACAUCCUCUCCUUCAUUCGGGUACACAGUGUCUGAGGAUCCAGCCCAGGAGAUUAUGGCCACCCCUGAGGACCCUUGGCUACUGUCUGAGGAAGGAGGGAGGGGGCUGAUUGUUCUGUUUGGAGCAAGAUAACAGUCAGCAGAUAAGACAGGUCUCUUCCUCCUUAGAGG